CUCUCUUUAGGGCGAUCCGAACAAUUCUGAGAUUAAACUUUCUUUCUCCAUUCCAACACAUGGAAGCAAAAAUAGUAACUCGACAAUUCUGAAAGAAAAUUGAAGAAUCUGAAGGAAAAAAAAAACAAUUUACAUCAACUUAACUAGAACAACCAAAUGCAAUCUUCAUACAGGCAACGUAUCAUCCCUUGGUUGAUACUAACCAUGAUAAUAUCAUACAUUCUUUACUCUUCCAAUCUUCUUUUAUUAACCAAUCGAAAGCGUGAUUGUUCCACCACCGUUCAUUUAGAUGCAGCCACUCAUGAACAACUUGAGAUGAUUGGCACUGGUAAUUUAUCCACAGCAACAUCUUCUAUCAUUGAAAACACAGUUUUAAAAGAGACGAAAACGAAAACGAGCAAAAAAGUAAAGGAGGAAGAAGAACAACAAGAACAAGAUGAAGAAGAGUUGUCCAUUGAUGAGUUGUCUCAAAGACAAGACACAGAGGCCAAACACAUUGUUUUUGGGAUAGCAGCCUCAUCAACUUUGUGGGAUAUAAGAAAGGAAUAUAUCAAAGUUUGGUGGAAGCCUAAUGAAACAAGAGGGGUAGUUUGGUUGGAUCAAAGAGUGAAUACACAAUCAAAUGAAGGGUUACCAGAGGUUAGAAUUUCAGGGGACACAACAAGGUUUAAAUAUUCGAAUGUUCAAGGAACAAGAUCUGCUUUAAGGAUUUCAAGGGUGGUGACAGAGACAUUGAAACUUGGGAUGGAGGAUGUGAGAUGGUUCAUGAUGGGUGAUGAUGAUACAGUUUUUAUGGUUGAUAAUGUUGUUAGAGUUCUUUCUAAGUAUGAUCAUACUCAAUUUUAUUAUGUUGGAAGCUCUUCUGAGAGCCAUGUUCAGAAUAUACAUUUUUCUUAUGCUAUGGCUUAUGGUGGUGGAGGAUUUGCUAUAAGUUACCCUUUGGCGAAAGAGCUUGCAAAAAUGCAGGAUCGUUGUAUUCAGCGUUAUCCUGCUUUGUAUGGUAGUGAUGAUAGAAUGCAAGCUUGCAUGGCUGAGUUAGGGGUUCCAUUAACCAAGGAAGCAGGGUUUCAUCAGUAUGAUGUGUAUGGGGACCUAUUAGGCCUUCUAGGAGCACAUCCAGUGGCCCCACUAGUGUCAUUGCACCACCUGGAUGUAGUGCAACCAAUAUUUCCAAAGAUGAACAGAGUACAAUCCCUGAGGCACUUAAUGAAAUCAGUGAAGCAAGACUCAAGUAGCAUAAUACAACAAUCAAUUUGCUAUGACAAAAAAAGAUAUUGGUCCAUAUCUGUUUCAUGGGGCUAUGUGAUUCAAGUUUUGAGGGGAGUGUUGUCCCCUAGAGAAUUAGAGAUGCCAACACGCACCUUUCUCAAUUGGUAUAGAAGAGCUGAUUACACUGCAUAUGCUUUCAACACAAGGCCUGUAACCAAACACCCUUGUCAGAAAGCUUUCCUUUUUUAUAUGAACAGAACUCGUUAUGAUCCUGUUAAGAAGCAAAUUGUUGGUACUUAUUCACGUUACAAAUCUAAACCUCCUUAUUGUCGGUGGAAAAUGGACUCACCAGAGGAUAUCGAUACCAUUGUAGUUUCAAAAAGACCAGAUCCUCUUCGUUGGCAAAGGUCACCAAGGAGGGAUUGUUGUAGAGUUCAACCGACACGUAAGGGAAAAACAAUGUACAUAUGGGUUGGCAAUUGUCGAGAGGGAGAGGUUAGUGAAUUGAUCCUUAAAGGUGGAAGUUGAGCUUCAAAAUUCUAAUUAUUGUUUUCUUAAUCUAAUUUCUUAGCUGUAUUUGCAUGAGAAAAAUCCACAGAACACAAAUUGAAGUUGAACAAUUGUCAUUGUUCAUAAUGUCACAAGCUACAGUUCUUAAUCCCUCCUCCCCUUUCCUCUAUGUAAUUGUAAAGUCAACAAAGGAGACUAAAUUGCAUAGUUUUUUUUGGAAUGCAUUCUAUGUGAGAAAGUCAUUAUUCUUCUCUAAUGAAAUGAAAAUUACCAUAGUUUCAUUUCAACAAACCGAAAAUUCAGAUCAUAUCUCUAUUCUAUGUCAUCUAAUAAGCAACCAAAAGGAGAAUUGACUAAAAAAAUCUUCAAUCCUUUGGUAUAUUUGUCCUAGUUAAAAAAUUGUUGCACCGUGGGAGAGGAUCUGAGUUCAAGAAAACAGUAUUUGGAUCCUCUACGGUUGUUGUAUUCAGUUAGGUGAAUUUGCCGGGGGCAAGUACAUUUCAUCCUCACCUGAAAGAUCUUGAUGAAUUGAAGGCAUUGGCGAAGAUGCAGCAACGGCGAGUAUGGUAAGAUCAAUUCGAGUAUGAUCGUUUGCAAGUGGUGUAUCAAUUUGUCUUAUCGUUGUAAUUCUACCAUCCUUGAUCUCCA